AUGUCCUUCACAACCACCCUCCGCCAGCGCGCCGACGCCCCCUGGACCGCGGCCGUCAGCUCGCGCUUCGUGCGCGAGCUGUGGGCCGGCACCCUCCCAGACACCGUACUCGCAACCUACCUGGCCCAGGACUCGCUCUUUGUCGACACGUUCGUCGCGCUCAUCGGGACGGCGAUCGCGACUGCCGACCUGCCGCGGGUCCGUAUCCGGCACGCGCGCCAGCUCGGGCUCGUCGCGAACGACGAGGACGGAUACUUUGAUCGCGCUUUGCGGCGCUUGCGCACGCGCGGCGCGGGCGGGCUAGGCGACGCAGCGGCCUCGGACGUUGAUCCGUCGCCUUUGGCCCCGACGGAGGGCUUCCUGCGGCUCAUGGCCGAGGCGCGCGAUUCCCAGAGCUACGCGCUCGCCCUCACGGUGCUUCUCGUCGCCGAGUGGCUCUACCUCGACUGGGGCAACCUCGCCCUGCCGACCCCGCCAGACUGGCUUCACGCCGACUGGAUCGACCUGCACCGCGGCCCUGGCUUUGAGACCUGGGUCCAGCUGCUCAAGGACGAGACCGACCGCGUUGCAGAACUUGUCGACGCGGGGACGCGCGCGCGCAUGGAGGAGAUGUUCGAGCGCGCUGUUGGGCUUGAGAGGGACUUCUUUGACGUCACGUAUGCGGCGGGCGCGGGCGCGGCGAGCGUCGCAUAG